UCUCUCUCUCUCUCACACUUGUGUGUGUCUGUCUGCUUGUGUGUGUGGAUCUAAACCUGUUAAAGUUGAUGAUUCGAGUACGAGCAAGAAGGAAUAAGUAGGGUUUGAGAAGUGGGUAAAGUUUGCCCAUUUAACCGACCCCACUAAAGGUGGAUUGAGAAACUGAUUGCCGGAAUGCCUACUAAUGAGGUUUUAGCUAAGGAUGUCUCCAGAAAAUUGAUGAAGACCUGACAUUACACAAUUUCUUGGGAUAUAGAAAUGGAAAUCAGUUUCUUAAUUCACCUUCAAUGGGAUCAGUUGAAUGGGCAAAGCUCGUUAGAUUUUAUCCGCAAUUGUGGUACAUUUGCAUCAUUUAACUUUGAUUUCUUUGGAGAUUGACUGGGUGAAGAUGGACAAUGUGGAAAGUAUGUGUUUUUGCCUAGCAAGGGAUGUGCGUGUGGCCCCGCACAUGUAAAUUCUGCAUUGAUUGCAUUUUGGAGGGCGGAGGUGACCCAAUUAAACACCUCUCUGAUCGGCAUUUACUUCUAGCCAACUACUGACAGAGUCAUUUUGUACCCGAGGCCCUCAGUUCUGAAAGCAUACUCAUACUAAAUAUAUAGAGGGCCUGAGAGAACAUUUUAUAUAUAGCUUCUUUCUGUUCAGUCAUUCUUUCGUUAUUAGCUUUUUCUAGUUUUGAUCUCGAUCAUUAUCGCUUGCAGAUUCUUAAUCAAGAUCAUGUCGAAGAAAACUGUGGUGUCAGUGGAACUGAUGUGUCCAAAGUGCAGGAAAAAGGUGAUGAAGUUGAUUGCAACGGUAGAAGGGGUAACUUCCAUUGUCCUCGACCUGUCAAAAAAUACGGUGACGGUAACUGGGGAUGCCGAUCCAGUAAAGAUUAUCAAGAAGGUGAGGAAAGUAAGAAAAAAUGCUGCGGUUGUGAGUAUCGGUCCUCCGCAGGCUGAGAAGAAGGACGAGAAGAAGGAUGAGAAGAAGGAUGGGAAGAAGGAUGAGAAGAAGGACGAGAAGAAGGACGAGAAGAAGGACGUUGUUCUAUACAACCCAAAGCCAUGUCAAAGAUGUGAUGUUUGGUACGUGAUUCCUGAACAUGAUUACAGUUACUGUUCCGUAAUGUAAUUACUGUUCCAUGUUGUGCCAUUAAAUAUUACUAAUAAUAUUUGUGUUAAUUUCAUGUUAAUACAAAUGUUAAUUUGGUAUUCGGAAUAGUUUAUGUGGAAGAUUGUUGCUUAACUAAGCUGUUUACAUGAACAAAUCUUGAUUACAAGACUUUGAGAA